AUGGCUGCAGCGUCACUCUCAACACACACCGUCUUCAUCAAAUUCGUGAACCUGUCCAGAGAGAAGAACCUGCCUGUCUGCCGCAGAGCCGAGAAUCUCUGCCAAGUGUCCAGUGAGAUGUCUGAACGCGAGUGGGUGACCGAUCCCGACGAGUACGUCUGCAACCUCUCAGAGGAGUUGCAGAAUAUCGCCAGGGAGGAGCUGCGUGAAGACGAAAACUCCCGUCAGACGGCGCUGGCCUCCCUUAGGGACUGGAUCGUGCAGAAUCCCAGGAUCAAGACAUGUCGAAUGGAUUCCCGUUUCUUGCUACGCUUCCUCCGUUUCAAAAAGUACAGCGUAACCCAGGCUCAGGAGGCGCUGGAAAGAUACCUGUUGCUCCGCCAAACGUUCGGCGUAGCCUUCAAUUGUUUGGACAUCACGAUACCCAUGAUGGAGGAGCUCACCAACUUGGGCUACCUGUUCGCAUGCCCAAAAAGAGACAGCAAAGGAAGAAGGGUGAUUGUCGCAAGACCAGGCGUCUUUGAUCUGGACAAAUUUACCAACGGUGACAUGUGUCGUAUCCACGGAAUCGUAUACGAAAGCCUAAUGGAGGACGAGGAAAAUCAAAUCAGAGGUUUCGUACAUUUUGCCGAUGGUCAAGGAGUCGGUUUCUCAUAUCUCACACUCUUCACAAUCAAGGAAGCGGUGAGGAUCGUCAAAAACGGAGAAAAAACUUUACCAAUGAGACACAAGGAGGUACACGCAAUCAACGCACACCCUUCAAUGAAGUUCGCACUGGAUUUUGGCAUGUCUUUAAUAUCCGAAAAAAUUAAGAAAAGAGUGAGGCUAUACACCAACAUGCAAGAGGCUAUCGAUAGUGGACAUUUGGAAGUUGAUAUCUUGCCAAAGGAAUACGGCGGUCAAAUGCCAAUGAGCGAAAUGAUAGGGCUUUGGAAGGAAGAAUUGAAAAAAACGCACCCCACCCUUAUGUCGCACGAUAAAAUGGAGGUCGACGAAAAUUUGUUCAGCGCCAAGGCAAAAGAGGGGGCUGUUUCCGCGCUCAAGGGGGGCAUGGGGGUCUCAUGUGGAUCAGAACGCGAUUCUCUAUGCGGUAUAACAGGAAAUUUCAGAAAAUUAGAAGUCGACUAAAAACUAAAUUUGUAGUCUCAUCACUUGUACUCAUUUAUGCAUGUUAGUUGUAGGUCUCACAUUUUUAUCAUCUA